AUGAAAAAAAUUUCGAAAAUGGUUGCUAUGAAAGUUUGUCAUAAAAAUAUGCAAAUAUUUUUAGUCGGAAUGCCGUUGAUGGGUGGCAUAUAUGGCAAGCGGGCAUUUAUAGCCUUUCGCGGGGGAUUUUACGGAAAACGUCGAAUUCCCCCUCCAUCUGGUGGAUUUUAUGGAAAACGAUCAGUACCAUCAGAAAUUAUACCAAACAACGGUUAUUAA